AUGUCAAACGGGAACGGCGAGCACACUGCCGCGGCUGCCAACGGUUACCCCGCCAAACCCCACUCAUCCGAGUCGUCCCCGCGGAGUUUCCAGGAAGUGUGCCAAGAGCUGAAGGAUAAGGUCGACGCUUUCUUAGCGGAUGACCAGAAGACGGAUGUUCUGCGCAAUGUUCAAAAGCAGCUGCGCGCGUCAAUGGGGGUCGUUGACGAGGCGUUGGCAAGAUACAGCCUGGAACAGAUUUCAAUCUCCUACAAUGGAGGAAAAGACUGCCUCGUACUCCUGAUCAUACUCCUCGCCGCCCUCGCACGUCGAUAUCCUUCUCUCCCGAAAGCCUCCCAAACGAACGGGUCGAACGGCACGACUUCCUUCCCUCCUGAAUUCCAGGCAGUGUACAUCGUAUCGAAGCACCCAUUCGCCGAAGUUGACGAUUUUGUCGAAACCACCAGCGCCGAAUACCAUUUAGACGUAAAACGAUAUGCCAUGUCAAUGAAAGAUGGACUCGAGGCAUACCUAGCAGACAGACCAACCGUAAAAGCCAUUUUCGUAGGGACAAGGAGGACAGACCCCCACGGCGAGAAGUUGACAGAUUUUGACCCCACGGACUCCGGGUGGCCUGCCUUUAUGCGGGUGCAUCCUGUGAUCGACUGGCAUUAUGCCGAAAUUUGGGCAUUCAUCCGACAUUUAGAAAUACCAUACUGUCCUCUAUAUGAUCAGGGCUACACGAGUUUAGGCGGAACGCAAGAUACCCAUCCCAACCCUCAGCUGAAGACUGAAGGACAGAACGGUGCGGGCUUCCGACCUGCGUACGAGCUUACGGAAGACGACGAAGAGAGAUUAGGUCGCGAUAGAUGA